AUGGCGGCGAGAAAGUUGCAAACAGAGAUCGACAAGACGCUCAAAAAGGUCGCAGAGGGCGUCGAGAUCUUCGAAGACAUGUACGAGCUCCUCCAACGCUCUACAAAUCUGACUCAAAAGGAGAAGAUGGAGUCUGAUCUCAAAACUCAGAUCAAGAAGCUCCAACGUCUACGUGACCAGAUCAAGACCUGGCUGCAGAGCAACGACAUCAAGGACAAGAAGCCGCUGCUCGACAACCGCAAACUCAUCGAGACCCAGAUGGAAAAGUUCAAGGCCAUCGAAAAGGAGAUGAAGACAAAAGCCUUCUCCAAAGAAGGUCUCAUAGCUGCCGCAAAGAUGAACCCCAAGGAUCGCGAGAAGGCCGAAAUCUCGGAUUGGCUGUCUACGCAGGUCGACGAGCUCGCGCGACAGAUCGAGUCAGCCGAAGCAGAGAUCGAAACCAUCUCGGGCUCAGGCAAGAAGAAGAAGGGAUCUGCCAAGGACGAGCGCGCAUCGCAGCUCGAAAUCGCAAACGACCGCAGAAAUUGGCACAUCUCGCGGCUCGAGAUCUUGUUGCGAAUGCUCGAAAACGGCAACCUCGAGACCGAUCGUGUCACGGACAUUAAGGAAGACAUCUCCUACUUUGUCGAGUCCAACACGGAGGAAGACUUUGAGGAGGAUGAGGGCAUCUACGACGAUCUCAACCUCGAUGAUGGCGAAGAAGCGUUUGGUCUCAAGGAAAACGACGACACGCACAGCAACGUCGACUCGACGGCUGGUAUGGACGACCUCAGUUUCCGCGACAUCAAGGACACGCCUUCCAAACCACGACGAGACAGUCUGGCUGAGAUCAACAGCAGCAGCAGCACGAACAACAACAGCACCAACCAAGCCACCACUGCCCCCACUACCAACAACAACAAGAAGGAAGAGACAGCCACGUCGCCGGUGUCCGCGACACCAGCGCAACCCGCUGCUUCCCCAAUUGCGCCUGCUUCAGCCAGCAAAAAGACGGCGAAGAAGGCAUCGCAAGAGCCCGUGGCCGUACCAAAGGAGAAGGCAGUGCCCACCGCCAACUUUGCACAGGCCAAAGCACCGCCUGCAUCUCAGUCUGCUGUCCUUUCCCCACCCAAGGCACCAAGUGCUGCUCCACUUCCGCCUAUCCGUUACGCUGCCGCCGCAGCUGCAGCUGUCGCAUCCAGCGCGGCUGCAUCUGCCGCGGACAACACGGCCGCUUCACCUGUGACGACAACUGGAUCCAUCGCGACCGACUCGGCAACAGACUCCGCCCACGCUGCCAGCUCGAACUCAACAUCGGCAGCUCCUGGCUCGCAAAUCCAGCCGUCAUCAGCAGCCGCACAGCCUGUGGGUGCACCUUCGACGCCGGCAAAGUCGAGCGUGGACGCACUCAGGAAUGAUGCAGCAGACAAGGCACGAUCGUCAUCGCCCGCACCACCCGGCCUCACCAAAGUGGACUCGACCAGCGCCAACAGCAACAACAAUGGUGCAGCACAAGAUGGAAGCACAUCUGGAUUCCAGCCCGCACAGCUUGCAGCUUCGUCGGCGGCAGCGAGUGUGGUGCAGCCCGCAGGCGGAGGAGCUGGCACAGCAGCACAGCAAGCGGCAGCGCAAAAGGAGGCGGGCACGGAAGCGCGAUUGCCAACUUCGCUCACGGACCUGGUUUCGUCGUUCGAGUCGGCCAAGCAAAAGUCGCUGCGUCGGGAUGCCAACGUGGGGUUGGUGCACAAGUCGCUUGAGUUGUCGUUCAUGAACGUGCCGGAACCGCUGGAUUCGGACAAGCCCAAGUACUACGUGCCCAAGAACCCGUUCCCCACACCAAGCUACUACCCGCAGACGCCUGCAAGCGUCUUCGACAACCCGGCGCUGUACUCCAAGUUUGAUGUGGACACACUGUUUUACAUCUUCUACUACCAGCAGGGGACCUACCACCAGUAUCUGGCGGCCAAGGAGUUGAAGAAGCAGAGCUGGCGAUUCCACAAGCAGUACCUGACGUGGUUCCAGAGGCAUUCGGAGCCACAAGCUAUCACGGACGAGUACGAGCAGGGCGUCUAUGUCUACUUUGACUGGGAGGGCAGCUGGUGUCAGCGCAAAAAGUCGGAUUUCAGGUUCGAGUACCGCUGGUUGGAGGACAACUAG